AUGCUGUGGAAGGCCCGGAACAAGACUGAUGCCAUGCAGGAUCGCGCAGACGGCCUAAGCAGCUCGUCUCCGAGCGGUCGCCUCUCGCAGCUAUCCAGCCUGAACCAGGCGGCCUACUCGUCGGCGCCCCCGCUCUGCCACACGCCGGCCUCCGACUUCCAGCCGCCCUACUUCCCGCCGCCGUACCCGCAAUCGUCGCUUUCCUACACGCAGAGUCAAGACUCGGCCUACUCGCACCUGUCGGAGCCCUACACCUCCAUUAACUCCAUCCAUCAGCACCAACAAGCCGCCUGGCACUCUCAGAGGUCGCGUUCGGACGAGGCGGGGCUGCUGUCGCAAACGCACCGGGCGCUGGGGCUCGACCCCCGGAGGGACUACGCGGCGGCGGCCGCUGUCCCGCGCCUGCUACACGGGCUCGGGGAAGGGGCGGCCGCUCUUGGAGAAGGACCCCUCGGGAUGCAUUUGGGACAUCACGGCCUGGAUGAGCUUCAGGGAAUGGAAGAAGGAUCAGCCUUGGGCAUCCUGGACCACUCUGUCAUUAAAAAAGUUCCCAUCCCAUCCAAGCUGAACGGUUCGGUCCUGUCCGCUUUGUCCCUGGGCAAGGACGGGCUAGGCAUGGGCGCCGUGUCCAACCCAGCCGAGGUCUUCUGCUCAGUACCGGGUCGCCUGUCGCUGCUCAGCUCCACCUCCAAGUAUAAGGUCACCGUCGGGGAAGUGCAGCGGCGACUGUCCCCCCCUGAGUGCCUCAACGCCUCCUUGCUGGGUGGCGUCCUUCGCAGGGCCAAGUCCAAGAAUGGUGGGCGCUGUCUGAGAGAGCGUCUGGAGAAGAUUGGUCUCAACCUGCCCGCCGGGCGCCGCAAGGCCGCUAACGUCACUCUGCUGACAUCUCUAGUGGAGGGCGAGGCCGUCCAUCUGGCCAGGGAUUUCGGCUACGUGUGCGAGACCGAGUUCCCUGCGAGAGCCGCCGCCGAGUACCUGUGCAGGCAGAGUGAGCCCGACCAGCUCCCCACGCGGCGCAGCAUGUUGCUCGCUACUAAGGAGAUCUGCAAGGAGUUCGUGGACCUGAUGUCCCAGGACCGCUCCCCGCUUGGGGGCAGCCGACCUACCCCGUGCCUGGAGCCCAGCCUUCAAGGCAGCCUCACCCACUUCAGCCUGCUGACCCACGGCUUCGGCACCCCCGCCAUCUGCGCCGCGCUCUCCGCUUUCCAGAGCUACCUGAUGGAAGCCGUCAAAAUGCUGGACAAAGGGGACGGCGGUGGCAAAAGCCACCAUGACAAGGAGAUGAAACAUCGUAAAUAG